AUGGAAUACUGGAGUAGCUCCUUCAUCGAUGGCGCUUCUUCCUCCAACUUCAUGAUCUCUCCUUUCUACAACUUUGACCAUUUUCCAGGAAACGAUGACAACAGAUGUCUCUCUUCAGGUACAAUGGUUGGUGCACAACAAGGUAUGCUUCAUGUCCCUCUAGAAAUGGUGGAAAAUGGCUAUGGAGAAGAAAGCAACAAUAUCAAUGGACAGCAGAAGAAAAAGAAGAAGAUGACGAGUGAGCAGCUAAAGUUCCUUGAGAGAAGUUUCCAAGAAGAGAUAAAGCUGAAUCCGGACAGGAAGAUGAAACUGUCCAAAGAACUCGGGCUGCAGCCGAGACAGGUUGCGGUUUGGUUCCAGAACAGGAAAGCCAGGUGGAAGAACAAACAACUCGAGCAUCUCUAUGAAUCACUAAGACAAGAGUUCGAUGUUGUCUCUAGAGAAAAGGAAUUGCUACAAGAAGAGCUUAUACAACUGAAAUCAAUGAUAAGAGAGAACGGUUCGAACAAGAAGAUGCAAACCUGGGGAAAGCCUGCAGCGAGACAAUAACGGGUUAAGUUACAAACUCAAAGGUUUCAAAUAGGUUUCAAAAAUGGCUCAAAACCUUUAGCUUUGGUUUAAUAGAAGUUACAAUUUCCUUAGCGGGUCCUGUUUUUGUAUUAGAUUUUUGUAUUAGAUAUUGGUUUAAGUUACUUUCAUGUUGGUUGGCAAACAAACAGUGACUUUCAUUGAAUGGAAAUGAGUUCUCGAGGUUCAUUAAGAAUACUUCGUUGAAUGGUGUGGAUCAACAACCUCACUUUUUGGCUUCCAACGUCCUAGGCAAAGUUGAAAUUUUUUUAAGUGCGGUUUUAUAAUAUAUAAGAGUAAAGAACAAGGGGAUUGAUACCAAACAAAAAGUUCCAUAAGCUGCAGAAAAACCUCAAGUACAAUAUAUUAGAUCUGGUGCAAAACUAAAAAACAA